UCCUCUUCUUCACUUCAGUUCGCUUCGUAAGACAGAACCCCCUUCACUUCAUCACGUUACUGCAUCUCUUCUACCCUUCUAGGGCUUCAGCCGCCAGUGUCCUAACAAUAUUCUGGUCUCCAAACUCAAAGAUUGUGAAAAUGGGAGGCAGAGCCGGGGACGAUGAAGAUGAGUAAUAGUGCUUCUGCCUCUGCUUAUCUCAUCUGAUCUGCUUGUGCUUUUCGUUCUCCUGGAAAUACUGAAUGGGUUCAGCUCCUAAAUCUUUGAACUCUCUUCUUUUCUUCUUCUCUAAUCAUUUGAUUCUUGAUUAUCGUCGUAUAUGGCAUUUUUCAUUCCAUUCUUCAAAUACUUACUAUCUCCGUAGUGUAGCUACCAACUCUUGCACCAGAGUUCGAGAAUAUGGGGAAAGCCCCAAACAGUUAUUGAAAUAUGUAAGAGAUCAAUGCAGAACUGGUACCUUCAAGAAUCUUGACGCUGCCUUGGGCUUAUUUGAUCGAAUGGUCCGCAUGCACCCUUUGCCUUCUGUUGUGUCUUUUAAUCAAUUGCUGACAUCAAUUGCAAGAGCGAAGCAUCACUCAACUGUGAUCACAUUGGUAAAACAAAUAGACUUGUUAGAAAUUGCUGAUCUUCAUACUCUCAAUAUUUUGGUUAAUUGCUUCUGCCAUCUUAACCGUGUGGAUUUCGGGUUCUCUGUUUUCGCAAAAAUUUUGAAACUUGGUUUUCAACCCAACUCUGUGUCUAUAAGCACUCUUGUCAAGGGGCUCUGUCUCCAGGGUAAAAUUGCUGAAGCGGUUAAUUUGGCUGAUGAAAUGGGGGAGAAGGGAUAUAAACCUGAUGGAUUUACCUAUUCGACCAUAAUUAACGCUAUGUGUAAGGUAGGUGAAACUGAUCUGGCCAUUAACUCGCUUAGGAAGAUGGAAGAUGCAAAUUUUGUACUUGAUGCAGCAUCGUAUAAUACAAUCAUUUGCAGUUUGUGCAAGGACGGAUUGUUGACUGAAGCCUUGAAACUUUUUUCCACAAUGACGGGUAAAGGCAUUCAGCCAGACCAUUUUACUUACAAUCCCUUAAUUCAGGGCCUAUGCAAUUUUGGCCAUUGGAAAGAGGCUGCUAAAUUAGUGACUGAGAUGGAAGAAAGGAAUAUCAUGCCAAAUGUGCAUUCUUUCAAUAUAUUGGUGGCUGCGCUUCUAAAAGAGGGGAAGAUGACGGAGGCAAAAGAAGCUUUUGAUAUGAUGACUAAGAAAGGCAUCGGGCCAGAUGUAGUCACGCACAACUCUUUCAUUGAUUGUUAUUGUCAGCAAAACAAAAUGGACGAGGCAGUCGAAACAUUUAAUAUGAUGGUUAGGAGGGGUUGUUCUCCUAAUGUUAUUAGCUAUAGCACAUUAAUCAAUGGAUAUUGUAAAAGUAAGAGAAUUGCCGAGGCAAUAAAUCUCUUUCAUGAAAUGUUAGACAAGGGAAUGAUUCCCAAUGUUGUCACUUACAACACUCUUAUAGGUGGGUUUUGCCGAGUGGGGAGACCUUUGGCUGCGUUAGAGCUACUCCAUAAGAUGCAAGCUUGUGGAGAACAUCCUAUUCUCCAAACUUAUGCCAUUUUGUUAGAUGGUCUUUUUAAGAAGAGACGUAAGAAGAGACAUUUUGUGGAGGCAAUGGCAUUGUUUCGAGAGAUGGUACACAAAAAGUUGGACAUUGAUAUUGUGAUUUACAACAUCUUGAUUGAUGCUAUGUGUGAUGCGGGAAAACUUGUGACUGCAAAAGAAUUCUUUUGUAGUCUUUCUACCAAAGGGUUGCAACCUAAUGCUCACACUUACAAUAUAAUGUUCAAAGGACUAUGCAAAGAGGGACUAAUAAAUGAAGCCUGUGAGCUGCUUGAGAAAAUGGAUGGGAAUGGUUGCUUGCCUGACAAUUUCUCGUAUAACACAAUUAUCCAAGGAUUGCUGAAACAUGGUGAGACAUCAAGGGCAGUAAAAUAUAUUGAAAUAAUGGUUGACAAGGGUUUCUCUGCAAAUGCAAAAACUACGACCAUGGUGAUUAACUUGUUGUGUGCUAAUAAAGUUGAUAAGGCAAUUCGAGAGUGGUUUGAGAAGCUUUUGUAAAAGGCUUUCUUGGUUUUCAAUGCCAAGAACAUCUAUAUACUUCAACGCUUCACUAGCUGAUCUAUAGGGAAUGUUUAUUUACUUCAAGUGAAUUUUAUAUCUCUGAUUUUUAUGGGCAAGAUUGAUCAGUCAUCCGCCUCUAUUUCCAAAGUCAAGGUGAGCUGGGUUAGUAGGAGCUAUUUCCUAUAAUGGAUGUAAUUCUUUCAAGAGAAAGUCGACCCAACCUCCCCCAUGUUGUUGUCUACACUGCAUGAAUUGCUGACAUGUUAUUUAGUUUUAUUUU